AUGAAUCUCAGUUCUUCAACUUCCACCUCUGUAGUGAAUUGGACGAGGGUGUCUUUAAGGACACAGAAUCAACAACCACUGACUUGGUAUAAGUGCUACUUGAACCCUCAAGCCAAUUUUGAUGCACUUGAAGGGGACGAGCCUUUGGCUUUGGAAAUGGGGAGCAUAGGGAAGGGUGAAGUACGGAUAGCAUUGGAAGAUACUGGACUGUUCCUGCUAUUGGUAACUGUAGCGCUGAAGUUAUUUUGGUAUCAUGUUCCUAGAUCUUGGCUCAAGCCAUCCCAAAAUCUGUUGGUGGUAUUUGAGGAGCUUGCUGGCGAUGUUACAAAGAUUGAUCUUCUGAAAAUCACCCACGUUUUGAGAAAUGGGAGACCAAGAACCGAGGCAAACUGA